AUGUAUAAGCUAGUCUCGUCCUGCUUGCUUUUCAUAGGAUUCUUAAAUCCUCUCUUAUCUCUUCCUGUCACUGACUCCAGGGAGGUGUCCCCUGGGCACUCAGCAGCUGAUGAAGAUGCAAGCUUUAGUUUGGAUGCGCUGGAGAGAGCCUCCCCUCUACAGAUGUCGCCAGAAACGCUGAGUGCAGAGAAUACUCAUGAUCUUCAGAAAGCAGGCCCUACCACCAGCACCAGCACUAUCAACUCAAGAGGAAGUGUGAGAAAGUUUCAGGCUUUCUCUGGACGGGACCCCCAGGUUUUACUGAGUCACCUUUUGGCCAGAACCAGGAAACAGUAUAACAAACAAGGGACGCCCUCUGAAUGCUUCUGGAAAUACUGUGUGUGA